AUGUAUCUCAGGAACAAGUUCGGCACCCACCUUGCGCUCUACAGAAAAGACAUUUUCUUUCGUCGUCUGCUUCGCACCAACAGUCUCGCACACUCGUGCACAGUCGGCACGAGCUGUCCGGAGCUCCCUCAAGCAGGUAUCGACCGUUCUAAGAAACGACUCCUCGCCCAAAGAAUAAGAUCCAAUUUUUCAUACUUCAUAGAUAUAGUAAAAAACUUAAUCGACUGCUCACUCCUGUGCAAUUCGUUUGUGCUGUCUUUCCUGCUGUCAAACUUUCUGUACUAUUUCUGGAGUGAUGUUCCGUACAUGUACGCGGCGGACCACGCUAUAGAAAGCGGUAUCGACUCCAAACGGGCCGCUUUCCUCCUGUCCAUCAUUGGCAUUUUCAACACUCUUGGCCAAGUGAUAUUCGGCGUAAUAGGAGAUUUAAACAUAAACAUACUCAAUGUGUAUGCAAUCGUCUCUGCUCUCGCUGGGCUGUUCGUGGCCGUGAUUCCUCUUCUGAGAAAUUUCACAGAGUAUUCCAUCGCUUACGGACUGUUCGGAUUCUGCAUAAGCGUCAGCUACCCUUUGACGACAGUCCUACUCGUUAAGUACCUGGGACUGCAGAAUUUGACUAAUUCGUACGGCCUGCUUAUGUUAACGCAAGGUAUCGCCAAUUUCCUGGGCCCCCCUUUUGCUGGU